AUGGCCGAAGAGCUGGUGCUGGAGACGUGGGACCUGCAGUGCGAGAGCAACGGCCGGGAGCACCGGACGGCGGAGAUGGGCUGCCAGCAGCUGGUGGUGCGGCGCGGGCAGCCCUUCACCAUCACCCUGCACUUCUCCGGCAGGGGCUACGAGGAGGGGGUGGACAAACUGGCCUUCAACGUCGAGACGGGGCCCUGCCCCAUCGAGACGUCGGGAACCAGGUCCCACUUCGCCCUGACCGACUUCCCCGAGGAGGGGGCCUGGAGCGCCGUGGUGCAGCAGCAGGACGGGGCCGCGCUCUGCGUCUCGCUCUGCUCCCCCGCCAGUGCCUGCGUCGGCCGCUACAGCCUGAUGCUGGAGACCUCCACCGGCUACCAGGGCUCCAGCUUCCACAUCGGGGACUUCGUUCUGCUCUUCAACGCCUGGCACCCAGAGGACACGGUCUACCUCCGAGACGAGGACGAGCGCCGCGAGUACGUGCUGUCUCAGCAGGGGCUCAUCUACCAGGGUGCCCGGGACUACAUCACCUCCACCCCCUGGAACUUCGGCCAGUUUGAAGAUGACAUCUUGGCCAUCUGCCUCAACCUGCUGGACACAAACCCCAAGUUCCUGAGGGACCAGAACCGGGACUGCUCCCGCCGCAACGACCCCGUUUACAUCGGCAGGGUGGUGAGCGCCAUGGUUAAUUGUAACGACGAGGACCGCGGGGUGCUGCUGGGGCGGUGGGACGAUCAUUACGACGACGGGAUGAGCCCGAUGGCCUGGAUCGGCAGCGUGGACAUUCUGAAGCGGUGGAAGAAGUUUGGGUGCCAGCCAGUCAAGUACGGCCAGUGCUGGGUCUUCGCUGCCGUGGCGUGUACCGUCAUGCGCUGCCUGGGCGUCCCCAGCCGGGUGGUGACCAACUACAACUCAGCCCACGACACCAACGGCAACCUGGUCAUCGACCGCUACAUGAGCGAGACGGGGGUGGAGGAGAGGCGCUCCAAGGACAUGAUAUGGAACUUCCACUGCUGGGUUGAAUCCUGGAUGGCCCGGCCCGAUCUGACACCUGGCUACGAUGGGUGGCAGGCGCUGGACCCGACCCCCCAGGAAAAGAGCGAAGGGAUUUACUGCUGCGGGCCAGCCCCCGUCAAGGCCAUCAAGGAGGGCGACCUGCAGAUGAAGUACGACAUCCCCUUUAUCUUCGCGGAGGUGAACGCCGACGUGGUGUACUGGAUCGUGCAGCGCGACGGCUCGCAGAGGAAGAGCACGCACUCCUCCGUGGUGGGGAAGAACAUCAGCACCAAGAGCGUGGGCAGGGACAGCCGCGAGGACAUCACCCACAACUACAAGUACCCGGAGGGGUCUGAAAAGGAGAGAGAAGUGUUUGCCAAGGCAGAGCACGAGAAAAGGUCCUUCAGCGAGGGCGAUGAGGGGCUGCACGUCAAGAUCAAGCUGUCGGAGGGCGCAAACAACGGCUCCGACUUCGACGUCUUUGCCGUCAUCAGCAACAACACGGACACGGAGCGCGUGUGCAGGCUCAUGCUGUGCGCUCGCACCGCCAGCUACAACGGCACGGUGGGCCCGCAGUGCGGCAUGAAGGACCUGCUCAACCUCACCCUCGGGCCCCGCACAGUGCAGAGCGUGCCCUUGCGCAUCCUCUACGAGAAGUACGGGCCGUGCCUGACCCAGGACAACAUCAUCAAGGUGGUGGCCCUCCUGACCGAGUACGAGACGGGUGACGUUGUGCUGGCCAUGAGGGAUGUCUACAUCCAGAACCCGGAGAUCAAGAUCAGGGUUUUAGGGGAGCCGAUGCAGAAUCGGAAGCUGGUGGCAGAGAUCACGCUGGUGAACCCCCUGGCAGUCCCGCUGAACAACUGCAUGUUCGUGGUGGAGGGAGCUGGCCUCACUGAAGGGCAGAGGAUCAAGGAGCUCGAGGACCCUGUCGAGCCCCAGGCAGAGGCCAAGUUCAGGCUGGAUUUCGUGCCGCGCCAGGCAGGGCUGCGCAAGCUGAUGGUGGACUUCGAGAGCGACAAGCUGACAGGGGUGAAGGGCUACCGCAACGUCAUCAUCGCGCCCCUGCCCAAGUGAGGGGGGCCCUGUCCCCCCCCCCAGGCCGCCAGCACCCCUCACACCGAGCCCCUGCCACCCUGCUGCAGCGAGGGCUGGCCGCCCCCC